AUGAGUGUGCAUAUGACGGAUGCAUAUAUACGGACGGCUUUCGAUCUGGACUGGCUCCAAAGCAGUUGUGUGCUGUCCCGAACCUCGGUCCCCAGACCCGCUUCUUCCUCCGUCGCUCUCACUUCGGACCACUCGUUUAUCCUUUCCACUCGUUUUCUCACAACUCAGCCGUUCCUUUAUAAUAUCCUCUUGUCGUUCUCUAACUAUCCGGCUUCCCCCAUGUUUUCAAAACGCACCCUACUUGCUGCCCUUGCGCUCACUGGCGCAUCCCAAGCUAUCCAGGUGCAGAAGCCUGGAUUGCGACUUCCUCCAAACGCAGCUGAAAAUGCCAACCUCAUAAAAUCGAUGUUCUCUGAGGCGUAUGAGACGUACAGGAAGUUUGCAUUUGGUCAUGAUGAUCUUCAGCCUGUCAGCUUGACUUUCAAUGACGGACGCAAUGGCUGGGGCGCAACCAUCGUGGACGGUAUGGCAACGAUGUUCAUCAUGGGCUUGGAUGACUUCUUCAAUGAGGCCGUCAACUUCAGUGCCCAGAUCGACUUUAGCCGUUCCCAAGUUGAGGAGACCGUUAGCCUCUUCGAGACUACUAUUCGAUACGUCGGUGGUCUCCUCAGCUCCUUUGAGCUCAGCGGCAACAAGCAUACUGUCCUCGUUGAGAAGGCUAAGGAGGUCGCCGAUAAGAUGGCCUUCGCUUGGGUUGGGGAUAACGACUUGCCGUUCGGCGAGAUGAACUUCACCACAAACCAACCCGUCGUAGCAGCUACUAAUAUUGCGGAAGCAGGAACGCUUACACUUGAGUGGGCUUUACUUUCGAAGCUGACCGGUAAUGGUACCUACCGAAAUCUCGCCGAGAAAUCCGUCCGGCAUAUUAUUAGCCUUGACGAUCCGCUGCCGGGACUAGCUGCGCAGUGCAUUGAUCCGUCGUCGGGACAGUUUGACUGCGGAUACGUCACAUGGGGUGGAGGAAGUGAUAGCUACUUCGAGUAUCUUAUCAAGUAUCCUCUUUUAAUCGGAACAGCAGACCCUACCUUUGUUGAUGAAUGGCGAUUGGCUGUCGACUCUUCUAUAAAAUAUCUAUUGAGCACCUCAACAGUGGGUAACCACACGAAUCUGGCAGAUUUCGACGACAACCGUCAAAUUCGUCAUAUUGGUUCUCAUCUUGCGUGUUUCCACGGUGGCAAUUGGCUCUUGGGAGGAAAGCUGUUGAACAAUGACACGAUUGUCGACAUCGCGCUUGAGCUUGUCGAGACUUGCUGGAACACGUACCAAAGCACUGCGACCGGCAUUGGCCCCGAAACCUUCGCCUGGAUGUCAGAAGACGGUAACUUCACCGGCGGUAACCCUCCUUCAGCAUCUGACCUCAAAUUCUACGACGAACAUGGCUUCUACGUCUUAAACGGCGGGUCAGACUACAUCUUACGCCCCGAGGUACUCGAAAGUAACUUCUAUGCGUGGCGUGUGACGGGUGAUGUGAAGUACUUUGAGCGAGCACGUGCUGCUGCGGAUAGUAUGAAUAAGUUCUUGAAGGUUAAUAAUGCAUUUGCGGGGAUUGAGGACGUUACGGUUACGAACUCGGCUUUCAUUGAUGAUACGGAGAGUUUCUUCUUUGCGGAGGUGAUGAAGUAUUUGUUCCUGACGUUCGACGACCCGGAGCAUAUCAGUCUGGAUAACUUCGUCUUCAACACAGAAGCCCAACCAUUCAAAAUUGACUCAGGCUUACUAUCGUUUGGCGGGAAUGCGAUUAAUAUACCGUCGACGACGGCGUUCAAGCCUUCGAGCACGGCGAGCGCGUUCCCGGCUGUUAGCCCGAACUCGAAGUUGCCGACUCCGGUUGUGCCGCUUAUUCAUAGUGGGGGGACGCCUGCUGCGGCGGUGGCGGUUGAUGUUGAUGUUGGUGUGUAG